UCUGUACCCGAUUACAGAUCGUUCGUUCUCAAUGAUAUGCUCAUUUUUUUACGAUCAAUUGUUGCGGCUGUUUCUUGGUUGCUAAUUUUUAAAAAGAAACUAAUUUUGUAUAUUUUUUUUCCCACAUACAUAUAAUGUUGAUUACUCACCGACUAUGUGUUCUUACUACUUCUUAGACGUCAGCUUAAAUGUUCUUGACAGAAAAGGAGAGUACGUGGUUGUGAACGACGGAAAGUUUUCAUUUUACAUUAAAGAAGCGCUCAAAGAAGUCUUUGGCCAGUUCGGAUCGAGUAUCAAUUUUGAUGUACUAAAAUUUGAAGCUGGCCAGGGUCUAAUUCGGUGUCCAUCUUCAUUUUACAUUAAAUUUAGAGGUGCACUUACCUUGUUUGGCCGUCAUAACUCAAAUACUAUUGCUUUUAACGUGCAUCGUGCAUCCCCUUGUUUAAUAUCAUUUGUCACUAACGAUACAACUUACAAACAUGUCACAAGUGUUUAAAGAUGGCAAAGACACAAUCAUUUUUGCUACAAAAGAAGAUCAUCAAACCCCUAGUAAAGUUGAACUAUCACCUCCAGAACCAUCUCCGGGUCUUAUAUUUCCUGAUGGCUCCAUCAACUGGAAUUGUCCGUGUUUAGGCGGAAUGGCAACUGGUCCUUGUGGAGUAGAAUUUAGAGAAUCAUUUACUUGUUUCCAUUAUAGUAAAGAAGAUCCAAAAGGUAUGGAAUGUAGAGAAAAAUUCACAGCUAUGUGGGAUUGUAUGGAUCAAUAUCCAGAAGUUUAUAAAGAUGGUUUAAAGGAUGAUGAAGACAUUAAAAAUCCUGAAGAACCAACUGGUGAAACUGAUAAUAACCAACAAGUUGAAGUCCAAAGUAAAGAAAAAAAUUCGUAAAAUUUGUUAAAUGUUCCGUUUUAGAAUUAUUUUUUCUUUGUUUUAAAUAGAUGU